ACGAAAAUUGAUGAUUUGAAGUCUAUAUUGGGACCUUUCGAUGCUGAGCUUUUGCUAUCAAAGCAUUCGUAUGCGGACUUACUCAGGUUGGGGAGGCUGAUCAAAGUUCCGGUGCAAUUGUUUAAAUCCGGACCAGAUUACUGUGUAUCAUUUUGUAAAUGCGAUUUUAUUUCGCCUCUGGGAUAUCAGGAAGCGAGCUUCAAAGCUUUGAGCGCUAUUCGCGCGCUGGUAGAAAAGAUGGAUUGGAUUUUCAUUCAGAGUUUUGUGUGGAAAGUCAAUCUUCUUGCACUGCUUCGAGGUUUUUCAGUAACUUACGAAGUUCUUCCAACAGGAAAUCGGAGGGGAGAUGAUUAUGUUUCUCGAGGCAAUGGGACGUAUACAGGUUGCAUCCAUCCCGUUGAGCGUUUAGAUCUCAGUCAGCGAAUCCGCGGUGAGCUGCCGCCUGUUUACGUGGUGGAGGAAUUAUCGCCUUCGAUUUCCGCACCACUUUGUCUAAGCAGCGGAACUAUCAAAGUGACCCAUAGAUCGCUGAAAUUUCGUUAUUCCUGUAGACUGGGCAACUUGGUGAUUCGAGGUGCUGCAUGCGAUAACAAGCGUCUGGCCAAGAGGUCGGCCGCGGAGAAAGCCCUGCAAGCCAUAGGUAUCAACCCAUAUCCGCAAAUGGCACGGCCUGUUGUUUCACCCCCUUCGGCCCUUUACCGCUCCACCCCAGGUACAGCUUAUGCUCGUGUGUUGCGACUACCGACGCAUGGGGCUCUCAGCAUGCUGUGUGCGUUGAUCAAUCCCUGGUCCAUCUUGCAUGAUUCACUUGUCACGUUUUCUUGUGCCGAAGAAGUUUUUGUAUUUAAAGUGGCGUCGCAGUCAAAUGUAGAAUCGCAUUUCAAAUCUUCUAAGAGAAGGUAUGGGUUUGAUGUCGAGAAGCGUUCUGCGAGAUAUUUCCUUACAUUCUUCGCUGGAAAACAAUAG